UGCCGAAUGGAAACAAGAGACUUCACUCUUAAAGGAAAGUCCAAAUAAAGCUUUAUCUUCUAAAUAACCAGAUCAGUCACCAUGACAACCAAGCGUGGACUGAUAACAGAUUCCUUCAAGGUUGUGAAGAAAUCCCGGAAAGCGAGGAAGCGGCAGAAAAGCGUCACACCACCUCCACCACAGACAGAGGAUGUGGCUAAAACGGCCCGGGAGGAGGAGCUACAGAGGCUCAGACAGUUUGACCUGGACUGGAAAUUUGGGCCGUGCACAGGCAUCAGCAGGCUGCAGAGGUGGGAGAGAGCAGAUCUGCACGGUCUGAACCCACCUGAGGAGAUCAGAGACCUGCUGCUGCUGACGCACACCGACCCCGAGUACACACUCAGCCUGUGGAACGAAUAUCCUUUCUGAGGAAAACACGAGAAACAAGACAGGAUCCAAGCUGCAACUAGCGUCUGGUGUCUUUCAUCAUCACCGUGUUUGCAGUCAAUGUCUUUGCCUUCGGCAAACAGACUUUUUUAUAACGAUCAUUUUUAAUAAACAAAUUCUUCCAA